AUGUUAACCAUGAGCGUGACACUUUCCCCUCUGAGGUCACAGGACCUGGAUCCCAUGGCUACUGAUGCUUCACCCAUGGCCAUCAACUUGACGCCCACUGUGGAGCAGGGUGAGGGAGAAGAGGUGAUGAGGGACAUGGAUCCUGACCAGCAGUACGAAAAGCCUCCUCCAUUACAUACAGGAGCCGACUGGAAGAUUGUCCUCCACUUACCUGAGAUUGAGACCUGGCUCCGGAUGACCUCAGAGAGGGUCCGAGACCUAACAUAUUCAGUCCAGCAGGACUCAGACAGCAAGCAUGUGGAUGUGCAUCUAGUUCAACUAAAGGACAUUUGUGAAGAUAUUUCUGAUCAUGUCGAGCAGAUCCAUGCCCUCCUUGAAACAGAGUUCUCUCUGAAGCUGCUGUCCUACUCUGUCAACGUGAUCGUGGACAUCCACGCCGUGCAGCUGCUCUGGCACCAGCUCCGUGUCUCAGUGCUUGUUCUGCGGGAGCGCAUUCUGCAGGGUCUGCAGGACGCCAAUGGCAACUACACCAGACAGACGGACAUUCUGCAGGCUUUCUCCGAAGAGACAAAGGAGGGCCGGCUUGAUGCUCUAACGGAAGUAGACGACUCUGGACAGUUAACAAUCAAAUGCUCUCAAAAUUACUUGUCUUUGGAUUGCGGUAUUACUGCUUUCGAACUAUCUGACUACAGUCCAAGUGAGGAUUUGCUCGGUGGCCUGGGUGAUAUGACCUCUAGCCAGGUCAAAACCAAACCCUUCGACUCGUGGAGCUACAGUGAGAUGGAAAAGGAGUUCCCCGAGCUUAUCCGAAGUGUUGGGUUACUUUCGGUGGCUCCUGACUCCAUCCCUUCCAACUGCAGCGAAGCCGUGAGCGAGGAGGCGUCUCAAGUAUCUCUUUCAGCAGAUGACAGAGAUAGAAGUGAGGAAAAUAAUGCGUGCACAGUGGAGGAACAACCAGGCUUAAUGCAGGGGCCAUCAUCUUCAGUGGAAGCUCCGAUAAAUGCUGUUCAACCCGCUUCAGAAGCUGUGAAGCAAGAAUCUGAUUCCUCUUCCCAACUUGGGGCAAAGAAUCCACAGCCUCUUGCUUGUGAAAACACAACCCCCAAGCGAUCCAUCAGAGACUGCUUUAACUAUAAUGAGGACUCUCCCACACAGCCCACGUUGCCAAAAAGAGGGUUUUUCCUUAAAGACGAGACAUUUAAAAAUAAUCUGAAAGGCUCUAGUGGAAAGAAGCAGAUGGUCGAUCUGAAGCCUGAGAUGAGCAGAAGCACCCCAUCCCUGGUGGAUCCUCCUGACAGGUCUAAGCUGUGCCUGGUGUUACAGUCUCCUUACCCCAACAGCCCCUCUGCUGCCAGCCAGUCAUAUGAGUGUUUGCACAAGAUGGGGGAUGGGAAUCUUGAAAAUACAGUUAGAAGUCACAUUAAGGAGAUCUCCUCCAGCCUGGGGAGGCUCAACGACUGCCGUAAAGAGAAGCUUCGACUGAAAAAGCCCCAGAAGACCGGAGAAGAGGUGCCUCCAUGCCAGACCCCUAAACAGGAACCCAGUUCAGACAAGCAAGCCAAAAGCACUAGGAGUUUGACAGUGCCAAAUGCAAUUCCUUCUAGUCCUUCCAAGGCCGGACAGAGGCAAGAGACAGAGUCUGCCUCCACGUCCUCACUGGAGCCGUGUCACCAGAGGAGUGGGAAGGCCAAAUUGCCAGUGCAGUCAGAAACAUCCAGUUCACCACCUUUUACUCAAAGCAGUGAGUCCUCUGCUAGCUCAGACAGCGUCACAUCUCUAGGACCCCUUCUUUCAGAACACAAAGACAAAAGCAGCUACUCCUCCUCCCCAAGUCACAUCACCAGGAACGGUCAGGUUGUGGAGGCCUGGUAUGGCUCUGAUGAGUACCUGGCACUGCCCUCUCACCUCAAGCAGACAGAAGUAUUAGCUCUGAAGUUGGAAAACCUAACAAAGCUGCUGCCUCAGAAACCCAGAGGAGAAACCCUUCAGAAUAUUGAUGACUGGGAACUGUCUGAAAUGAACUCAGAUUCUGAGAUGUAUCCAACAUACCAUGUCAAGAAGAAGCAUAUGAGGCUAGGCAGGGUGUCUCCAAGCUCGUCCAGUGACAUAGCCUCUUCACUCGGGGAGAGUGUGGAAUCUGGCCCCUUGAGUGACCUUCUUUCCGACGAGGAACUGUGCAUGCCUCUCUCCGGCAUGAAAAAAUACACGGACGAGAAGUUAGAGAGAGUCUCAUCCUCUGAGAAAAAUGAGAGCCAUUCUGCUGCAAAGUCUGCUUUAAUUCAGAAACUGAUGCAAGAUAUUCAACACCAGGACAACUAUGAAGCCAUAUGGGAAAAAAUAGAGGGGUUUGUAAACAAACUGGAUGAAUUUAUUCAAUGGUUAAACGAAGCCAUGGAAACCACUGAAAAUUGGACACCUCCUAAAGCAGAGACGGAUGGCCUAAAACUGUACCUGGAGACACACUUGAGUUUUAAGUUGAAUGUAGACAGUCAUUGUGCACUCAAGGAAGCUGUGGAGGAGGAAGGACACCAACUUCUUGAGCUUAUUGCAUCUCACAAAGCAGGACUGAAGGACAUGCUGCGGAUGAUUGCAAGUCAAUGGAAGGAGCUGCAGAGGCAAAUCAAACGGCAACACAGCUGGAUUCUCCGGGCUCUGGAUACCAUCAAAGCUGAGAUUCUGGCUACUGAUGUGUCUGUGGAGGGUGAGGAAGGGACUGGAAGCCCCAAGGCUGAGGUUCAACUAUGCUACCUGGAAGCACAAAGAGAUGCUGUUGAGCAGAUGUCCCUCAAGCUGUACAGCGAGCAGUAUACCAGCAGCAGCAAACGGAAAGAAGAGUUUGCUGAUAUGUCAAAAGUUCAUUCAGGAGGAGGCAAUGGGCUUCUGGACUUUGAUUCAGAAUAUCAGGAGCUCUGGGAUUGGCUGAUUGACAUGGAGUCCCUCGUGAUGGACAGCCACGACCUGAUGAUGUCAGAGGAGCAGCAGCAGCAUCUUUACAAGCGUUACAGUGUGGAAAUGUCCAUCAGGGACCUGAAAAAGACGGAGCUGCUUAGUAAGGUUGAAGCUUUGAAGAAAGGUGGCGUUUUACUACCAAAUGAUCUCCUUGAAAAAGUGGAUUCAAUUAAUGAAAAAUGGGAACUGCUUGGGAAAACCCUAGGAGAGAAGAUCCAGGACACAAUGGCGGGCCACAGUGGGUCGAGUACACGUGACCUGCUCUCUCCUGAAAGCGGAAGCCUGGUAAGGCAGCUGGAGGUCAGGAUCAAAGAACUGAAAGGGUGGCUGAGAGAUACAGAGCUUUUCAUCUUCAAUUCCUGUCUGAGACAAGAAAAGGAAGGAACAAUGAAUGCUGAGAAACAACUGCAAUACUUUAAGUCCCUCUGUCGUGAAAUCAAGCAGCGACGUCGCGGAGUGGCCUCCAUCCUGCGUUUAUGCCAACAUCUUCUGGAUGACCGGGAGACCUGCAACCUAAACGCAGACCACCAGCCCAUGCAGCUGAUCAUUGUGAAUCUUGAAAGACGGUGGGAAGCCAUUGUCAUGCAAGCUGUCCAGUGGCAAACACGGCUGCAAAAGAAGAUGGGAAAGGAAUCUGAGGCUUUGAAUGUGAUUGAUCCUGGCUUGAUGGACCUAAAUGGGACGAGUGAGGAUGCCUUGGAAUGGGAUGAAACUGACAUAAGUAACAAGUUAAUUAGUUUGAACGAAGAAUUGAAUGAUCUUGAUCAAGAAUCCCAACCUGUCAUGCCUUCCUUAAACCUUGAAGAGACAGGUAGUGAGAACCCGAGGUAUGGAGAAGAGGCAGGUGGCCACGGGGCAUCUCAGUAUGCAUCAAGUGUCACUGCCCCAUCCAGUCCGCACGUUUACCAGGUCUACAGCCUCCACAAUGUUGAGCUCUAUGAAGACAGCCACAUCCCAUUCCUGAAAAACAAUCCAAAGUUCACUAGCAUGACGCAGCCUAGUGUUUUAACUAAGAGUCUCAGCAAAGACUCUUCCUUUUCAUCUACCAAAUCUUUGCCAGAUCUUCUAGGGGGCUCCAAUUUGGUGAAGCCCUGCGCAUGCCAUGGAGGAGACAUGAGCCAAAAUUCAGGCAGUGAGAGUGGAAUUGUCAGUGAAGGGGAUACCGAAACCACCACCAACUCUGAAAUGUGCUUGCUCAAUGCAGUGGAUGGGUCCCCAAGUAACCCUGACACUGAACAUCUGGACCCACAAAUGGGAGAUGCAGUUAACGUGUUAGGGCAAAAGAUUAAAGAUGAGGAGGAACGAAUUAAUCUCCCAAAUAGCUCUCAGUUACCCAUUUCACCAGUGGGUUGUAUAAAUGGAAAAGUUGGAGAUUUAAACAGUGUUACCAAACAUACCCCUGAUUGUUUGGGAGAAGAAUUACAAGGAAAACAUGAUGUGUUUACAUUUUAUGAUUACUCGUACCUCCAAGGCUCAAAACUCAAAUUACCGUUGAUAAUGAAGCAGUCACAAAGUGAAAAAGCACAUGUGGAGGAUCCCCUGCUUCAUGGUUUUUAUUUUGAUAAAAAAUCCUGCAAAUCUAAACAUCAGGCUACAGAGUUACAACCAGAUGCACCUCCCCAUGAAAGGAUUUUGGCAAGUGCACCCCAUGAAAUGGAUCACAGUUCAUAUAAAAGUGGUGAUGUAGAGAAGACAUUCACUGGCAUGCAAAAUGCCAGACAGCUCUCUCUUUUAUCUCAUAGUUCGUCUAUUGAGUCUCUUUCUCCAGGGGGUGAUUUAUUUGCAUUGGGCAUCUUUAAAAAUGGCAGUGACAGCCUCCAGCGAAGCACUUCUUUAGAAAGUUGGUUGACGUCUUAUAAAAGCAAUGAAGAUCUUUUUAGCUGUCACAGCUCCGGGGACCUAAGUGUGAGCAGUGGCUCAGUUGGUGAACUGAGUAAAAGAACAUUAGAUCUCCUGAAUCGUUUGGAGAAUAUCCAGAGCCCUUCAGAGCAGAAGAUAAAGCGAAGUGUUUCCGAUAUCACUCUUCAAAGCUGUUCCCAAAAGAUGUCUUUCCCUGGCCAACUGUCACUGGACAUGGCAUCUUCUAUUAAUGAAGACUCGCCAGCAUCUCUUACAGAACUAAGCAGCAGUGAUGAGCUUUCUCUUUGCUCGGAGGAUAUUGUGUUACACAAGAACAAGAUCCCAGAAUCGAAUGUGUCAUUCAGAAAGCGCCUUCCUCGUUCAGUGGCCGAUGAAAGUGAUGUCAAUGUCAGCAUGAUCGUGAAUGUCUCUUGCACCUCUGCCUGCACUGAUGAUGAAGAUGACAGUGACCUCCUCUCCAGCUCAACGCUCACCUUAACAGAAGAAGAGCUGUGCGUCAAAGAUGAGGAUGAUGACUCCAGUAUUGCAACGGAUGAUGAAAUUUAUGAAGACUGCAACGUGAUGUCUGGGCUGGACUACAUUAAGAAUGAGCUGCAGACCUGGAUUAGACCCAAGCUUUCCUUGACAAGAGAUAAGAGAAAGUGUAAUCUCAGUGAUGAAGUCAAGGGCAAUAAGGAUGUAAGUGAUAGUGAGAUGACCAAUUCCUCAGACACUAUCAACAUUGAGACCCUUCUCAAUGGCUCAAUAAAACAUCUCUCUGAAAAUAAUGGAAAUAGUAAGAAUUUACCCCACACUCAUGAGUUAGGGACAAAAGGUGAAAAUAAGAAAAAUAUUUUCAAAGUUAAUAAAGAUCCAUAUGUGGCAGACAUGGAAAACGGCAAUAUUGAAAGCACUCCAGAAAGUCAGAAGGACAAACCGAAUGAGAUUUCAAAGGAAUCAGAAAGUCUUGGUUCAGCUGGGAAAAGGAUUUCAGAGAGUGAGCACUGUCAGUGCAAACCAGUUAUGGAUGGCUCAGAUGAAUCAAAUAUUGCUGGAAAGGAGUCUGUUUCCCAAAUGGUUAGACAUGUCCCAAAGAAAUGUCAAAACCACCACCAUUUUGAAAAUCAGAGUGCUGCUUCUACUCCCACUGAGAAAUCUUGUCCAGAACUGCCUUCAGAAACCAGUGUUAUCAAUGGACAGGACUCCGAUGUACUGAAAUCGUCAUCUAAUAAUGCACCGAGUAUGGCUGGAAAACCUGCUGGUUGCUGCCUAGCACGCGAACAAAAUGAAACAGAGGAAAACGUUGCCGCCAAUGACAAUGUUUCCUGUUGUGACUGUGAACCAGACAUUUUUCAUCAAAAAGAUGCCGAAGAUUGCUCAGUACACGACUUUGUUAAGGAAAUCAUUGACAUGGCUUCAACAGCCCUGAAAUGUAAAUCUCAACCUGAAAACGAGGUCACUGCUCCUACUUCAUUAAGUCAAAUCAAGGAGAAGGUGUUGGAGCAUUCUCAUCGGCCCAUCCAGCUAAGAAAAGGGGACUUUUAUUCCUACUUAUCUCUCUCCUCACAUGACAGUGAUUGUGGGGAGGUCACCAAUUACAUUGAAGAGAAGAGCAGCACUCCACUGCCAACAGACAUGACUGACUCUGGCUCGGAAGACAAGGAGGACACCGAAUACUUCUUCGAGGCCUGUGUUGAGGAGGACCCUGCUGAAGACAAGCCCUGUUUCUCUGAUGCUCCUCCAAACGAACCUGCAGAUCCCACCGAGGCUGCAGUACCCCUGCUAGCAGGAGCAGGCUCUUCCAGGUUCAGCGAUACUUCCCUCCUCGCCAAUAAUGCAGACACAGUGGCCCUUUCAAGUCCUCCAAAAGGAGGUGAUGUAGGAAAGGAAGUGGAUGGUUUACCCCAAGCUUCUAAUGUCCAUGGAGAAAGCGCAGAGGUAACUACACCUUCAAAGCUAGGCAGUGAAAAGGAGAGUUCAGAAAACCCAGGUGAGUCUGCAAGGCCAGAAGAACACAAUGCUUCUUCAGCCCCAUCUGGAGUUCCCAGACUCUCCUCGAAGGCGAAGCAGCCAAAGGACAAGGCCUCAUGGCAUCCCAGCCCCACAGCUUUAACCUGUGAAGAGAAUCUGCUAAACCUUCAUGAAGAACGACAUAGAAAUAUGCAUAGGUAGAAGGUAACCCUCUCCAAGCAUGAAAAUCAUCUCAUUGAAAGGUAAGCCUGGCUGCAGCUCAAGGGUGGCCUCACCCCCCUCCCUGGGCUGGUCUCUGGCUCCAUCGUGUCACUGCCGUUUGUUACACUGACCUCUCCCCAGACGAAUCUUUCUUCUGAAUGCGGUUGUCCACAUGAGCCUUGUGACCUGGAUGUGCGCUGGUUCUCUUUAGGUGAUUGUCUUUGAAGUUCAGCAAAGCUGCUUGUUCUCCCAUGGAUUCCUGUCCCAAGCUACCUCUGCCGACCCCACCUCUCCAGCAAGACUUUUCAGUUUGCCUUCUCCCCUCCCCAUCUACUCUUUAAAAUUCUGCAGUUCACCGAAUUGUUGGUCCAUUAAAUUCACCUAUCUGGAAUGAACCCUCCCGCCCCUGACUCCCUGCCCUGCUGGUGGUACUUGACAAAUCUCAUGUUUCCAUUUUGAUUCUUUUUAAUGGUAUGAUGCCUAUGUUUAUGGAAAGAGAUUUACCUGAAAGGCCAAUAUUUGAUUUUAUGGCAGCAAAGGGAAGAAACACUGGUCCUUCUUUCAAAGUUAAGCAACUUUUAAAAGCACCAUUUUAUUUAUUUCCUUUUAAAAGAAUAAUCUAUGCAGCACUUCAGGAAACAACUAUAUGGUGUUGUAUAUUAUAAACUGGUGACAUUCUACUAUUAAAUUAUGUACAACAUUUUCUUUUUUUAUGCUUCUUGAGGUGGUAAUGAGAAAAAAGUUUUUUAAAAAGUGUGCCUUGCUGUAUUUCUUAUACCAUUUAUUAAAAAGCUGCUUUCAUGGUAAAAUUGUGUUGGUUUGAAAGGAGGAAAUAGCAAGGUUAAGAUGUGUGAAUAAUUUCUGUAUAUAUGUAUAACCAAGUACAAACAUUGAUGUAUAAUGACAGUACAAAAUGCUUUCAUGUUUGUGAUGUCUAGUGAUGUGGAAAAUAUAAGCCUUAAAUCCAUUAGAUUGCAUGGCAAUUAAAAUUGGCAUAAUAAACAUAGUUUAUUGGGGGAAAAGGAAAAUUAGUGAUCUCUUUUACCUGUGUUCUUUACCAAAUUAUUGCACCUGAUUCUGGAAAAAUGUGACAUGUAGCAGCUUCCAAAAUAUUCAUAUUGCAUAAGAGAUGAAGCUUUCACAAUUUAAAAAAUCUUUCUGAUCACUAUAAAGAUCUUGGAACACAAAUGAUUAAAUGCC